UCUGGCGCCGGUGUUCAGGACGAUACGCACUAACCAUGGCCGCAGCGACUGCGAGCAUUGGAGCUCUGUGGAGCCUAAGAAGAGCAGCUCAAUCUUCCAGUUUACGAACUCCCCUUGCCGUUAAUCUCAGCAAGGUCUCAUUCCACGAGGCCCGGUUUCCCACUUCUCCAUCUUCUCCUCUGGGAUCCUCAGGAAUGUGCCAAUUAGUGCAAGCUGUAAAGGGAGACAUUGAUGUUUUACUCAAUGGAGUUGGAGAUAAAGGUGUUAUUGUAGAUGUGAAACAUAUUCUUGUUAUGGCCAAACGUUCGUUAUCAAGACGAGAAGUUCUCCAUACAAACUUUCUCACUCCACCUGUGGUGAAAGAGUCAAUGCUAGCCAUUAAAAAACUAGCCGAUGUAAAAGCAAUAGCGCAGGGAGGAUAUCCAGAGGCAGAGCGCUGUCGGAUUUCUGUUGGGCAUGCUGAUGAACUAACAAGUGAUCCAGACGUUGUUUCGGCGUUGAGUAUCACAGGAAAUUUUAUGUUUCACACCUGCACACAUGGGGACUUCCUUGGAGCAAUUCUUGGCACAGGCAUUGCUAGGGAAAAGCUUGGUGAUAUCAUACUUCAGGAAGAGAAGGGAGCUCAAGUAGUUAUUGUUCCAGAACUCGUCGACUUCCUUGUAUCAUCGCUGCACAAGGUUGGCAAUGUCACGGUUUCUUGUACGAGGAUUCCGUUGACAGAUCUCGAUUAUGAACCACCAAAGACUAAGACAUUUAAAACCAUUGAGGCAUCUCUUAGGGUUGAUGCUCUAGCAAGUGCUGGAUUCAAGAUUUCACGGUCUAAACUAGUGGAUUUCAUCAGCAGCGGUGAUGUGCGCGUCAAUUGGACGACGAUUACUAAAAAUGGAACCAUACUAAAGACUGGUGAUAUUGUUUCUGUUAGUGGGAAAGGGAGACUAAAGAUUGGCGAAAUAAAUCCUACAAAGAAGGGAAAGUUUGCGGUCGAGCUUAUCAGGUACGUGUAAGCUCUGGCGUAUUGGAUCGUUCGGACUGGAUAAAGAUUGUCAUGGAAUCUCCCUCGGGGUUGAACAUCAUUAUCUAAUUGUAGAUGUUAAAAUCAGAGCGCCCAUUCUUCAGUUUGUAAUUUAUUAACCAAAUAGAUGCAGAAAUGAAUGAGGAUAAGAGUAAUAGUCGUCUUGUAUUUCUUAUAAAG